AUGGGUAGCUGGUUGCCAUGGGGAUCAUUGUCUUUGAUACUACUUGUGUUGUUGCAGACCAUGCUCCACUCGUCCUCUGGCUGCUUCGUGGAGGAGAGGGCUGCACUACUGGACAUCCGGUCUUCCCUGCUGAGAACGCGAUCCAUGCUUGCACCUGUUUCAUGGGGGGAGGAUGGUGAUGACUGCUGCUCGUGGGAGCGUGUGAAAUGCAACAAUGGAACACAAAGAGUGUCUCAUCUCAACCUUUCCUCUGUAUAUGUCACGAUAGAUGCAGAUGAUUGCUGGUCUUUAAACUUGACAGUGUUUUCUACAUUCCAUGAGCUUCAGUACCUAGAUCUAUCAUACAAUCCUGCCUGUUUGUUAAGCUUGCAAGGGCUAGUUAGACUAUCCAAGCUUCGAUAUCUCGACCUCAGUGGCACUCUUUUGGGAGGGGGUUUCCUGGCAUUUAUUGGGAAAAUUGUUUCACUGGAAGUCUUAGCUCUCAACGAUAACGAAAUGAAUGCAAGUUUUCCAGCCACAGCUGUUGAAAAUCUUAGAAAUUUGCGACAACUGAAUAUGUCUUGGAAUGGAUUCAACGGAAACCUCCCAGGAUCACUAUUUGCACUUCCUCAUCUAAAGAUCCUAGAUCUCUCGGGAAAUGAAUUCGGUGGGAGUAUUCCAGGAAGUUUAUUCUUGGGACCAAUUUCACUUGAAGUCUUAGAUCUCAGUCAUAAUCGCCUCAACGGAACUCUCCCAGUUAGAGCUUUUGAAAACAUCAGGAGCUUGAAUUUGGGUGACAACCAGUUCAGCGGAUCUCUCCCUGUGUCAUUAUUUGCACUUCCUCGUCUGAAGUCCCUAGAUCUCUCAGAUAAUAACUUUGAGGGGCGUUUUCCUAUUAAUCUGUCUUCGGGGCCAGUUCCCCUUGAGGUCUUACAUCUGGAGAAUAAUAAGUUGAGUGGACCUCUUCCGACUGAACAAGAAUUUGUAAAUCUUCAGAAGCUACGAGAGUUGUAUUUGAGUUCCAACCGAUUCAGCGGAAGCAUUCCAACAUUCUUGCUUUUGCUUCCACAUAUUGAACGGUUGAACCUCUCAACAAAUUUCCUUGGAGGACAAAUUCCGACAAAUCGGUCUUUUAAUCUGUCACCCUCGCUUAAGAGUCUUUGGUUUUCCCAAAACAAUUUGACUGGUAAAUUUUCUUUCAUUUGGCUUGGAAAUCUCAGAAAACUAGAAGUGAUAGACCUUUCAGGCAAUUCAAACCUAGUUGUUAUUGUCAAUAUUCCUGGAUGGACACCUAUGUUCCAAUUGAAACAGCUAUUGCUUUCUGGAUGUGACCUUGACAAGAACAUUAUUGUGGAACCGUAUUUUUUACGCACACAGCGUCAUUUAGAGGUGCUUGAUUUGUCUAACAAUAAUUUGUCGGGUAGCAUGCCAAAUUGGUUGUUUACAAAGGAAUCAACACUACAGGAACUACAUCUGGGAAAUAACUCGCUAACUGGAACGCUGGGCCCAAUAUGGCAUACCCAAUCGUUCCUCAAGAUUAUUAGAAUACACAUGAACCAUGUCGAGGGGCAGUUGCCGACCAACAUCGGCUCAUUGUUUCCAAUGCUGAGUGUUCUAGAUUUUUCUAGUAACAACAUCUCUGGGCACAUACCACCAUCAUUGUGCGAGAUGAGGCAGAUGGAUAUUUUAGACCUAUCAAACAACAAACUUUCUGGGGAAGUUCCAGCCUGUGUGUUCUCUAGUUGCACGGGCGUGUUCAGGGUCUCAAACAACAAACUUGGUGGUCAGAUUUUUGCUGGGGUCAAUAGUCAGAUCAAUACAAAUGAACUGUACCUGGAUAGGAACAAAUUUGAAGGAACAAUACCCCAAAAUCUAUCAGGUUAUGCAAGUGUCAUGGAUUUGCAUGAUAACAAGCUGUCUGGAAGACUUAGCGCUUCAUUGUGGAAUCUAUCAUCUUUGGCCGUCUUGAGUCUUGCUGGCAACCGUAUAACGGGCAAAAUUCAUCAGAAAAUUUGUGGCAUCAUAGGAAUUCUUCUUUUGGAUCUAUCAAGCAAUAACCUUACAGGGCCUCUACCGAACUGCAGCUUUAUAGUACUCAGUUUUCUUAACCUGUCGGGAAACUCCUUAUCUGGUGAUUUUCCUUAUACCCUUUUCAACACAUCAAAUAUGAUUUCCUUGGAUAUCAGACAGAAUCAGUUCACAGGCAAUCUGCACUGGCUAGGUUAUCUUGAUAACAUUAGGCUACUUUCCUUGGGCAGAAACAAGUUUGAAGGACAGAUUACUCCAAACCUGUGCAAACUCCUGUACUUGAGGAUAAUUGACAUGUCACACAACAUGCUUUCAGGUUCGUUACCAUCAUGUAUUGGUAACAUCUCUUUCCAAGGCGACAUAGACGAUCAAAUUUUCCAGUUGGUCGAUUGGUUUGCAAUUUACUCCUAUCACACUUCUUAUGACCUAUGGGAUUUCAGCUUUGCUACCAAAGGGAAUAUCUACACGUACGGUCGCGAUUUCUUCGAUUCAAUGGCUGGAAUCGACUUAUCUGCAAACAUGUUGCAUGGAGAAAUUCCCUGGGUGCUAGGGAACCUAAGCCAUGUCAAAUCCCUUAACCUGUCAUACAAUUUCUUUGUUGGCCCGAUCCCGCCGACCUUGGGAGGCAUGGAGGAGAUAGAAAGCUUGGACCUCUCCCACAAUGAGCUGAGUGGACCAAUACCUUGGCAGUUAAAUCAAUUGUCAUCAUUGGGGGCAUUCUCUGUGGCAUACAACAACUUGUCAGGAUGCAUACCAAACUAUGGACAGCUCGGCUCAUUCAGCAUGGACAGCUACCUAGCCAAUGCCAACCUUCACGAGAUUACUCAGGGGAAUACUUGUGCUGCUCCUGGUCCAGAUCCUGCUGUGGGGAAUGAUGUGGAAGAGACGCCCAGUGACCUAGUUCUAUAUGUUGUCACAGCUGCCGGCUUUGUGUUGACAUUUUGGGCCACCGUUGGGUUCUCAUUUUGCCAUCCUUACGGAAGAUCAGUAAUGCUCAAGAUGUAG